AUGCCGCGAGAGCGAAGGCACCUGACCUCCGCAUCACGCUGGAAGGUGGGACUCCUCGGGCUCGUGCUGUGCGCUCCGGUGGGGCCCAACUUCUUCACCUUCGACGAGUCCAAACCGAAAGACCCUGGGAGGCGUGAGCUGCGACAUGAGUUCAGUGGCGUUGGAGAAGAGAGGCUCCUCUUGCCGCUCUCCUGCGGUGGUACCUUGUCAGUGCGUGGCUACGAGGCAUCUGAACAACAGGUGCCCAAGGGUUGGCCUUCUGGAAGCUAUCAAGAGUGGCGUAGUCUCAUCUUCGAGCCCGCAGAAACGGAGGAUGCCGGGCCACCUUUCAUCCAGUCCGUCUCCAAGGUGACCUGUUGCCCUGAUGGUCGCUGGUUCCCGGAGGCAGAUCCUCAGGUUUUAGCUUUGAACUAUCCCAAGACACUGGGCGCUGCCGUCGCUGCAUCCUUGAAGCUUUUGCACGUGGAACGUCCAAAGAUCCUGGUGAUUGGCUUAGGCUCCAGUGCGGUGCCCCUGUGGCUGGCGGAGCUGUUUCCAGACAGCCAGGUAGACGUGGUGGAACUCGAGGGAACGGUGAUCCAGGCAGCAUCCGAGGUUCUGGGCUUUCCCAUCGAGGUGCCUGGUGCAGGUGAUCGAAACCUUUCGCCCCUGCGUGGACGGAUGGGUCAACGCUUGCGUGCCAUUGAGGGAGACGGUGCUGCUCUUGCCCAGCGAUGGGCUGCGGACAAGGGAACGCGCUACGAUGCGGUUCUCAUCGAUGCCUAUGAUUCCUUGAACCGUGUGCCUCAGCCUUUGUGGAUUGAAGAUGGACCUUUGGCGCAAGCCUUGCCGCGCUUGCUCGAGGAGGUCGGUGUUGUGGCAGCGAACGUGCCGCCGGGCUUUCCCACGCUGCGGCUCAUCGCCAGCUACUUGCAGGCCUUGGGCACAGAUGCACAGGAGACACCAGCUUUGACCUUCGAGGUACCCGAGACCAUGAACACCGUGGCGGUGGUCCUCCGAGGGGCUCAGGUGGAUGUGCCCUUGAUUGCUUUGCAAGAAGAGGCCAAGAAGUUGGUGGAAGACGAGAUCCGAUCGCCUCAUCGCCCCACAGCGAGCGCCUCCGAUGCGAUCGCGCGUUUGCCACUGGCCCAGCAGAGCUGGCAGGAUGCAGUGUUUUGGUUGCGAAAGUGGUCGCGAGAUGUGGCUUUCUUGGAGCUCCAAGGUCGCCGGAAACAGCUGCCCAGCCUGGCGACGUACACCUCGGUGAUGUCUGCUUGCACCCGGCAAUCCCAAUGGCAGCUGUCCAUCACUGUGAUCGACCGCCUCAGAGGUCAGCAGCUGCGUCCAGAUUUGGUGGCGCAGAAUGCCGAGUUAUGGGCCUUCGCCAAAGGUCUCCAGUGGCCGUUGGUGCUCCAAGGGCUGCAGAGGCUAAGCACUGCGGCUUGCAGCUCUUCCUUUGGAGCAUUGAUCGACCUCUUCGCCAAAGGCAGCCAAUGGCAGCGGGCCCUCAACCUGUUCCAGACGCAGAAGGGAUUGCAAGAGGAUCUUGUCACCUUCAACUUGCUACUGAACGCCUGUGAGAAGUCCUCCAACUGGACCAUAGCCCUGUCGCUUUUGGAGGAAAUGCCAAGGCGCCUGGUGCGGCCGGACGUCAUCAGCCUGAACACCACCUUGAGCUCGUUGGCCGCCGUGGCCCAGUGGCGCCGCGCGCUGCACCUGUGGGCGACCCGGCGCGGGGCGAGCGACGAGCGAAUCCAGCCGACCGUGAUCACCAUGAACUCUUUAAUGAUCGCCUGCAGCGCCGCCUUUCAUUGGGAACAAGCCAUCCACCUUUGGCAAGGUCUCACCCCAUACGUCGGGACGUCCGAAGCGACCUAUGGCGUGUUGAUGGAGACGCUGGGAGCUCCAGGAUGUGACUGGUGUCACUCGGUGAGUCUCCUGGAAAGUAGUUUGCGACAGUCCUUGUGCAACGUCGUGACCUUUACUUCUGUGCUCAAGAUCCUGUCGACUGCGAGGCGUUGGCAGCAAGCACUCGCUCUCUUCCAGCAGAUGAUCCAGCGAGAGGUCACGCCGAACCUCCUGACCGUGCAUGUAGCGCCUGGGCGGGGGUUGUUUGGACCAAGCCAAUCAUCUCAGAGAUCGGACUCGAAGGGUUCAAGCACGGUGCUGCGCAGAAAAGCUAGCUGCUAG